AUGUCAGACGACGACAAUUACAAGAGCUUAUCAGAUUUUCUCAAGGAAUUCUACAUCCCUAGUUACGUCCUCUCACCCGAAUCGGAUCCCCCCGCACUUCCCAUCGCUCCUCCCGAGAGUCCCGUCCUUGUCUUCAUCAACUCCAAAAGCGGUGGUCAGUUGGGUGGGGAACUCCUCCUCACCUACCGCUCUCUUCUCAAUAAUAAACAGGUCUUUGAUCUUGGGGUAGAGACUCCGGAUAAGGUGCUUCGCAGGAUUUAUAUUAACCUCGAGAGGCUAAAGGAUGAUGAUCUCGCUCGUCACAUUCGAGACAAGUUAAAAAUAAUUGUUGCAGGAGGAGAUGGAACUGCUGGGUGGCUACUUGGAGUUGUUUGUGAUCUUAAAUUAUCACAUCCUCCUCCUAUUGCCACUGUGCCUUUGGGUACAGGAAAUAACCUUCCCUUUGCUUUUGGAUGGGGAAAGAAAAAUCCAGGAACUGAUGCAGCUUCAGUGGAGUUGUUUUUGGAUAAAGUGAUCAAGGCCAAAGAGAUGAAGAUUGACAAUUGGCACAUACUUAUGAGGAUGAAGACUCCUAAAGAAGAGGGUUCUUGUGAUCCUCUUGCACCUCUUGAGUUACCUCAUUCUCUACAUGCAUUUCACCGUGUUUCUCCAACUGAUGAACUAAAUAGGGUAAAUAAAUCUUUCUGCCACGAUAAUUCUGACUCAUUUUCUCUUAUUAUGGAUAUCCUUUGCUCUUUCCAGGAAGGUUACCACACAUUUCGCGGAGGAUUCUGGAAUUACUUUAGCCUCGGAAUGGAUGCUCAAAUUUCUUAUGCGUUUCAUUCUGAGAGGAAACUACACCCUGAAAAAUUCAAGAACCAGCUGGUUAAUCAGAGUACUUAUGUAAAGCUUGGUUGCACGCAAGGAUGGUUUUGCGCCUCUCUUUUUCACCCUGCUUCGCGGAACAUAGCUCAGCUUGCAAAGGUUAAGAUUGCAAAUAAAAAUGGCCAGUGGCAUGACCUCCACAUUCCCCAUAGCAUCAGGUCCAUUGUAUGUCUGAAUCUGCCCAGCUUUUCUGGAGGACUAAAUCCUUGGGGUACACCAAAUCCCAGGAAACAGCGCGAUAGAGACUUGACACCACCAUUCGUUGAUGAUGGCUUCAUUGAGGUUGUUGGGUUCAGAAAUGCUUGGCACGGUCUCGUCCUACUCGCUCCAAAUGGACACGGCACACGACUUGCCCAGGCGAAGCGCGUUCGCUUCGAAUUUCACAAAGGUGCAACGGACCAUACAUUCAUGAGAAUGGAUGGGGAGCCCUGGAAACAGCCACUGCCAAUGGACGAUGAAACAGUGAUGGUGGAGAUUUCACACCUUGGCCAAGUGAACAUGCUUGCAACUCAUGACUGCCGGUCCAGAAGUAUGUACGACCCUUUGACACCCCGCCAUCAGGAAGAGUAUGAUGAUAAUGAAGACGACUCAGUGGCUGAAGCCGAGGAAUAUAGAAAGUUUGGUGCUGCAGAUACCUUCAAGAUUCCUGAUGAGGUUGAUAUUUCUCACCUUAGCUAG